AUGGGUUGGUUAUCAUUCGGAUCAACUAAAUCAGAAAUUCCUCCUCAACAACAACCACCAUUGCCAACAACAAAUCUUCAACAGAGAUCUCAUAGUCAACUAACUACACCGCAAUCACCGAUAAUUGAUUCAAAUUAUCCAAAAGAUACUCAAUCAUAUCAACAACAAUUAAACAAUCAAGAGUCAGAUAUUGAAACCACGUUAAACCAAUUAAGUCAUAAACAAUUAUCAUCAAAUGCAACAACUGAUUCUAAAACAAUUGAACAAACAUCAAAUAUAAAUGUUCAAACAAUAAAUACAAAAGAAGUAACUGGAGUAGUUACUAAAUUUUUAGAAAGUUAUCCUAUAUCAAAUUUAUUUAUUAUAGAUGGUGAAAGAGAUUUAAAAAAACUGAUAAUAUGUACUUCAAAUAACGAUAAUGGUAAAACUUGUUUAAAAUUAGGUAUUAAUUCAAUUGAAUUAUUUAAAAUAAUGCAAAAAAAUGAAUAUUUUUGUUCUUUACCAAAUGAUGUUGAUGCAACUUAUUUUGAAUGUAGAAAAAUACAGUAA